UCAAGUUUUCCAACAAGCUCGGCUCUGGUUUAAAACUUUACCGAACACCGGAGCAGCGAGGAAAUCUGAAAGAAGUUUCAUUUGAGUAAUUUUGACCGUCUUUUUUUUUUUUUUUUGGACUUUUAUCGACAAAUGUGGCUUCUUGGAUCAGCUUCCCAAGUGAUGAUGAUGAUGGAUGAGCGCCUGUCUCCCUCCGCACGCGCCGUCCAGAGCCCGGGGGACAACCAGUCCACCAUCCACAGCAUAGAAGCCAUACUGGGAUUUAGAGAGGACACACUUUUCCACAAAUCAGCCUCCUACAACAUGACGGAAAAAGUCCUGGUCCGAGAAUCCGAGCGCAACGGGAAUGUUAUUGUGACCCCGAUGAAAAAAAGUCACUCCUCAGAAAGUUUUGACAGUGUUUGUUGCGCCAGCAGCGCCGCUGAAGUCUCGGUGUGUCCGGACUCACCGGACAGAGACGGAAAACUGUCCGACGACGAGAACCCGAAGAAGAAACACCGUCGGAACCGGACGACGUUCACCACUUUUCAGCUGCACGAACUGGAGAGAGCGUUUGAAAAGUCCCAUUACCCGGACGUGUACAGCAGGGAGGAGCUGGCGCUGAAGGUCAACCUGCCGGAGGUCCGAGUGCAGGUGUGGUUCCAAAACCGGCGUGCAAAGUGGCGUCGUCAGGAGAAGCUGGAGGUGAGCUCCAUCAAGCUCCAGGACACCUCCACCUCCUCACUGCUCUCCUUCAGCCGCUCCCCCAGCAGUGCGCUGGGCUCCGGUCUGCAGCUGGACCCCUGGCUCUCUGCCCCCAUCACCUCCUCUACCUCCCUGCAGUCCCUCCCCGGCUUCAUCACCGGCUCACAGGUCCCGGGCACGUACACCCCUUCUCCUCCUGCUUCCAUGCCCUCCUCCCUGUCGGCCUCCUUCCUCAGCUCCCCGGCUCUGGGACACAGUCCUCACCUGCCCCACAUGGGCUCAAUGUGCCCCCCGCCCCCUGCCUACCCCUGCUCAGCUGACCCCAGGAACUCCAGUAUCGCCUCUUUAAGGAUGAAGGCCAAGGAACAUAUUCACUCUAUCGGGAAAACGUGGUGAUGCUGAGUGGAGGAAUUGACUUUUAUACCCAGAAUGCAUCCGACUGCAGCUUCUGAAAAACGGACUUCAUCCUCAUGCCGAUGGGAUUUUAUAUUGGAUGUUUAAAAGAGUGAAAUCGGAGGCUGACAUUCAGGACUAGAUUCAUCCUCUCCACUUACGAGGACAGCACUGUGCUUCAAGUUUCCCUGUUUAGCAGUUACAAGCAUUCCGCAUUUAAUGAAUGGGCUUUAAAACACUUAAAGAGACAAGACAUUUAAAAAUAUUAAAAAACAAACAGUGAUAUAAAUGAUGUCUCCAUAUAGAGGCCACAAUAGUUGAUAUGUUCUAUACAUUUACAGACACUUUACACAACCUUCUUAAAAAUACAUUCUCAUGUAUUGAACCCAUUCAUUAAAUGUUUAUUAACUGCCUAUAGAUGCUAAAUACGGGUGAAUUCAAGUCUUGAAUUCCAGGAAAUUUAAAACUAAUGAAUGAUGUCGACGGUAUUUUUUUCUUCUCCUUCAUCUGAUGUGUUCACUGUACAUUUUGACAUUCAUUCAGCUCACUCUUAUUUAUGUCCAUCUUAUGUUAUGUUGCCAGUAAAAAAAAAAAGCCCUUCAGCGUCG